CACAUCCAUGCCCUGUUGCUAAUAGCGGUCUUUGGUGGCUCUGUCAGUAUUAUGAUUGAAGUGUUUCUGAGAGACAACAUUAUCCUGGAAUUAUUCCGCUCAAGUUUAACGAUCCUCCAGGGAACUUGGUUCUGGCAGAUUGGGUUUGUGCUGUAUCCACCAGGAGGAGGUGCCGAGUGGGACCAGAAGGAUCACGAGAAUAUUAUGUUCAUUACCAUGUGCUUCUGUUGGCAUUAUGCUGUGGCUGUGCUGAUCAUGGGCGUCAACUAUUUUCUGGUCUAUUGCUGCUUGCGGAAGAGCAAAGUGAUCUCUAGUGACAGCAGUAUCGGCAUUCGCAAGUUGAAUUCUAACACUACGGGGGCAAAGGCGGCCCUGCUCGCUGCAUCAGAUGAG